AAUCGGCAAGAGGCGGUCUUAUUAAUUAAAUGCAUUUUUUAAAAUACUCUGCAAGAUCUGCUGCCAGAGACGAGGUUGAACAACAUUUUGCUUAAAACAAGUAAAGGCUCAGCACGGCAAAAUGCGGAAUCAGGGAGGCUCUGCUCGUAAGAGGAAGGCUGAGGUCCCUCAGCGCCGAGUUCCUCCCCCUCCAUCACCACCCCGGCGAUCUGGCAGGGCAGGGGAGAAGCCAGUGAAAAAGCGUAGGUACCGUCCAGGGACCCGCGCUUUGAUGGAGAUUCGCCAGUACCAGAAAUCCACUGAGCUGCUGCUACGCAAAGGCCCCUUUGCCAGAGUGGUACGGGAGGUCUGUCAGCAGAUGUUUGUGAUGGAUUACAAGUGGCAGGGCAUUGCUAUCGGCGCGCUUCAAGAGGCUGCAGAGGCGUUCCUAGUGCGGCUCUUCCAGGACUCCUACUUGUGCUCAUUGCAUGCCAAGCGGGUCACCCUGUUCCCCAGGGACAUCCAGCUGGCCCGCCGUAUCCGGGGUCCUGAGGACCGCGUGUGAGGAGCCAGUCCAGCACCGUUCAGCAGGAUGGCCACCAGCUGCUCUCGAUAACACAUUGAUAUGUUGCAAAGAUUUUUCACUGGCUGGAUGGUAGUUAGACAUUGUUACAGAUGCUGUAUUUCCAGUGGUUAUGUUGGAAAUUCUUUAAAUGUUCUUUGGGUUUUAGACUCCUGUUUCACAAAUGUUUUUUUUUAA